UAUUUGCAGCUUUAUUUGUCCGUUAGUAGUAGAACUAGUGAAAAUGCGAAGCUUUCACAUAAUAGUCAUUUCUCUGGCAGUUUUGGCUUCGGCCUCCGCUUUCGAUCUUUUUGAUGAUCUUGAAGAUAUUUCCUUCAUGCCCGUGGAACCGUCCUUGCUUACAAGUCGGAUUAUCGGUGGCAAAAAUGCUACGUUUAACGACUUUCCUUACCAAGCUGGUCUGUUGAUGAAUAAAUCCGGCUCUGGAAGUUGGUGUGGUGGCGUUCUGAUUUCCGACAAAUAUGUUCUCACAGCAGCCCAUUGUGCAAAAGGGGCCGAUUACAUUGAUGUCUAUUUGGGAGCGAAAGAAAUUAGAAACCUCGAAGAAGAAGGUCGCCUCAACCUUCGUGUUAACGCAAGUAACAUUGUCGUGCAUGCUGCGUACAAUGCCACUGACAUCAGGAACGAUAUAGCCAUCCUAAAAUUGCCUCAAACUGUCAAUAUCUCUGAGCAAAUCAAACCUGUUGAUUUACCUUCAUAUUCCGAUGCCGCCCAAGAUUUUUCUGGCAGAUCAGUAAUUGCGUCAGGUUGGGGACGCACUAAUGAUGAGCCUGGAAGCACAAUUUCACCAGUUCUCCGAUAUGCCGAGGUCUUCGUUCAACCGGAAAGCGUUUGCAGAUAUUACUUCGGACAGUACAUACUAUCUUCGAAUAUCUGUACUGAGACCGCAUACGGUCAGGGCAUUUGCAAUGGAGAUUCUGGUGGCCCUGUCGUAAUUCAACGAGGAGAAAAGCGUACACUGCUUGGACUGUCAUCAUUCGUUAGCUCGCGAGGAUGUGUCAAAUGCUGGCCAUCAGUUUUUGUACGAGUGUCGUAUUUCCUCGACUGGAUUGCACAACACAGUGACAUCCAAAUCAGCCUUUAAUUUUCAUAUUGUUAGAAUAAAAGACCCAGCUGCGUAUUUAUUUAUAAUAGGCUUUGACAUGAUUUUAGAUUUUUAACUGGAAAUAUACACUUUUACCUACGAA